GGCACGAAGGAACUAGAAAAGAAAAGUUGUGAGGGAUCAGUGUUCUCUGUUGCUGGCUGUUCCACACUGUAUGCCUCGACGGAUAGAACGGGUGGUGGUGGUAGUAAGCCUAUCGUCAGACCAGCAGUAGCAUGGUUGGUCUUUCCAUGGGUUCCUCUUUCAAACCUGAUGGACUUGAUGUUCAGUGCUCCUAGGUCUCCUGGGGAGCUCAAGACUCCAGUCUUGGCAGGGCUUUCCAGGAAAUCGCUCCCCGCUCCACCGAAUGGAUGGAUCGCCUCUUGAUACCAAAGUCUGUGCUCCUUCCUUUCCCCCACUUGGGACAUGGCACCAAGGGGCUGGGCUCCUCUACUCCUCUCGAAUGGCAUCGAUUUCACUAUUAAAUCAUGCCCGGAUUAUUGUUCUUCACUUAUCUUCUUGAGCCAAAAGAAGAAGAAGUCAGGCGAAAGAUAUAUUAUCCCUGAUUACAGGGAGCUGCUGAGACGCCCAAGGGAGGUCCGUGCAGUGGCUGCGGGUGACUACCGAGAGUCGGAGCGUCAACCCCAGGAGAAUUGUGGACCUGUUACUUAUCGACCAGCUAGUCCAACGAGAGUCUGCUUGUCAGAAGGAUAUUGGGAGCCUAGGAUGUCAGCUCAACAGUACGAAGAGGAGGAGGACUAUGGGCCACGCUCCGGACCCUCUUGCGUGAAUGGGGAGAAGGAACCUCGGCGUCUGGAGGGACAAGCACCGAGUUAUCACCCCGCCCCGAGGUACAGCCAUGACCAGGAACUGCGAGAUGUGGCCCUGAGAUGCGCGACUCGUGAGUUUAGCAUAUGGGAUUUGGAUUUUCGCCUCUUCCCUGCUUAUAAACCUCCCAUGGACAUUUUGUAUUAUUUUACCAUGUUUGAACUGAGUUGUCGAAAAUUUGGAGUCCCCCAAGACUGUAUAUGACCAUUCUGAGAGCCCUAGUCAGUGGAGAACUGGCUGAUUUAAUGGGACAGUUACCCUUAUCAUAUGCUAAGGACUAUGAACGUUAUAAGCGCCUUGCUUUGCAAAUAUAUGGUUUGAGGGCUGAGGACUAUAGGCGGGCUUUCCGAAAGGUUGAUAAAGCUGCCUCAGCUGAAAGCCUGACCCUCGUUGCUGCUAAAAUGGCAAAGAAUUUUGAAUUGUGGCUGUCUGCAGCGGAUGUAACUACCUUUGAAGGGUUGAAACAAUUGAUGCUCAAAGAGCAGUUUAACCGCCUUUUGCCUGCGGAAUUGGCAAGCUUGGUGGCGGACCAAAGCCCUGCUACUCUUGAGGAAGCUGUACAGUUUGCUGAGACUUUUAGGCUCAACAGGCCUCAUCUGGGAAACAAAAGCCAGCCGGUUGGGAAUUGACUAAUGGCUCUGGGAUCGAAAGGGAGGUCUGCGUUUCAGCCCAAGGAACCGGGGAAAAGUAUCCCUGCUGUUUCGGAAGAUCUUGGGUCUUCCACUGUGUUGGGGGAUUUGCGAUUGUUUGAAGCCGAGCAGAGAUCUGAUCCCUCCUUGCAAGCUUCCUGGGACGCUGUGGAGAGCCUUCCCCAAGGAAAGAGGCGCGCCCGCUUCUUGUAUGAAAAGGGGCUCUUGUACAGACAGUUCUGGCCAAAGAAGAUCAAAGACAAAGAUGUUGUUUUGCAGCUGGUGGUUCCUGGGUCAAGGCGUCCUAAGGUACUGGACUUAGCCCAUCAUGAUGGUCUGGCAGGCCACUUGGGGGUACAGAAGACCCUGGAACGCAUCAGCCGGUACUUUUACUGGCCUGAUGUGCACCAAAGUGUAAAGAACUUUGUACGCUCUUGUGUUGUGUGUCAAAAAAUAGGGAAUGAUAAAGACAGCAUGCCUAAUACCUUACAGAGUGUACCUCUUGACGCAAAUGUUUUGGAAAAAUGGGGAAUAGACUUGGUGGGCCCCCUGCAGAAAACCCGUGCUGGGAAGCAGUAUGUUUGUGUAAUAAUUGAUUAUGCCUCUAGAUAUGUUUGGGCUACAAGCUUGCCCAAUACUUCUGCCCAAAAUCUUGCGAAAGCUUUGGUUUUGGCCUUUGGUUCUUUGGGGAUACCUAAGGUUCUAGUGAGUGAUCUGGGAACCAAUGUAAUGGCUGAGCUAACUCAGAAGGUUUUGCAGCUGGCAAAGGUCCACCAUCACAUUAGUGUGGUGGAUCAGCACCAGGGAAAUGGGCUUAUAAAAAGAGUUCAGAAAACUCUCGAGCAGAUGUUGCGGAAGUGUGCCCUAGCCCAUGGGUCUAGCUGGGAUCAAGAUCUGCCUUUAGUUGUGUCUGCUUACAAUGAUGCUUAUCAAAGGAGUCUAGGGUUUGCGCCCAACCAGUUGAUUUUUGGCCGACUCUUGAAUACUCCUCUGUCCAUGCUCCGGAGGGAGUGGGAGGGGUCGGAGGAGGAGAUUAAGGUACCUUCUGUGUCUGAGUAUUUUGCUAACCUGAGGCAGACGUUGUCUGACAUCUGGCAACUUGCCAAGGAGAAUUUGGAGGGUGCUCGGUUGGAACAGAAACGUUUUUAUGAUUUGAAGGUGGUGACAAAAAGUUUUGAAGUGGGAGAUCAGGUUUUAGUGUUGAAACCCACCCGACCCCACAAAAUGGCAGUCAAAUGGCAUGGGCCUGGCAUAGUGAAGGCCAAGUUGAGCUCUGUGCGCUAUCUGGUGGAAUGCCAGGAGCUGCAUGAUGCAUCGAGAGAAUAUCAUGUCAAUUCUUUGAAAAGGUACCUUGAAUCUGAGCUUUCUGUGUUGGCCAUCUCUGGAGGUCGAGAGGAGGUGCCUACAGCCCCUAUAGACCUCUUGGAGGAAUAAAAACAGGCUGGAAGUACAGUCAUACCUUGGGUUACAGCCGCUUCAGGUUGCGUUUUUUCGGGUUGCGGACUGCCGAAACCUGGAA